UCCAAUUUCGGGGAGGGUCCCGCGGGCACCGCCGCCAUUGGCGGAUAAAAAUAGGGGGUGACCCCCCCCCAAAAACCCGGUAACGGCCGCCGAGCCAUGGAGGGGGCAGUGUGGGAGCUGCUGUACUGGCGGGUGCCCCAGCGCUCGGCGCUGGCCUUACUGGUGGCACUGGUGGCACUGGGGUCCCUGUCACGCUUCAGCGCCAUCUCGGUGGGCGCCUACGGGGCGCUGGCGGUGCUGGCUGUCACCGUCCCCCUGCGCCUGCGCCGGGUGGCCUUGGGGACACUGAGCCCACCCCCCCCGGAGCCCCCCGUGCGGCCGGAGGUGCUGGGGACGCUGAGCCCGGAGCAGCAGCAGCGCUGGGCGCGGUACCUGGCGCGACACGUGGUGACAGCCACCCGCACCCUCACCCGCCUCUUCCUCGUCCACAGCGUCCCCGAGUCCCUCAAGUUCGCCUUCCUGUUCUACCUGCUGACCACCUACGUGGGGGCCGUGUGCAACGGGCUGACCCUGCUGGGAGCGGGUGUCAUCUGCGCCUUCACCUUCCCCGUGCUCUACCGGCGCCACCAGGCCCAGAUUGACCAGUACAUGAGUCUGGUGCGGAGCCACCUGAGCCACCUGCGCGCCAGGGUCCUGGCCAAGCUCCCAAGUGCCAAAGUGAAGCCGCGGUGACACCUCUGUCCCCCUGCCUGUCCCCUCCCCUCCGAGGUGACAGCGGGGGUCACCUUGGGGACCCCCCCCCCGCCCCCCCCCCCCCCC